GCGUGGGAGCGUCUGGAGAAGGCGGAGCAUGAGCGGGAGCUGGCUCUGAGGAUGGAGCUGAUUCGUCAGGAGAAGCUGGAGCAGCUCGCCAGGCGCUUCGACAGGAAGGCGGCCAUGAGAGAGACGUGGCUGAGCGAGAACCAGAGGCUGGUGUCGCAGGAUAACUUUGGCUUCGACCUGCAGGCGGUGGACGCGGCCACCAAGAAGCACGAGGCCAUCGAGACGGACAUCACGGCGUACGAGGAGCGCGUCCAGGCCGUCCUAUCGGUGGCCCGGGAGCUGGAGGCGGAGUCUUACCACGACAUCAAGCGCGUGGCGGCCAGGAAGGAGAACGUGGUGCGGCUGUGGGAGUAUCUGCUGGAGCUGCUGAAGGCCCGCCGGCUGCGGCUGGAGACCAACCUGGGGCUGCAGAGGGUCUUCCAGGAGAUGCUGCACAUCAUGGACUGGAUGGACGAGAUGAAGAUGCUGCUGCUGUCUCAGGACUACGGGAAGCACCUGCUGGGCGUGGAGGACCUGCUGCAGAAACACGCCCUGGUGGAGGCCGACAUCUCCAUCCAAGCUGACCGCGUGAAGGCCGUCAGCUCCAACGCCACCCGGUUCUCCGUCAGCGACGCCGGCUACAAGCCGUGCGACCCUCAGGUGAUCGAGGACCGGGUCUCUCACCUGGAGUUCUGCUACCAGGAGCUGACCCAGCUGGCUGCGGAGCGCCGGGCCCGGCUGGAGGAGUCCCGCCGCCUCUGGAAGUUCUUCUGGGACAUGGCGGAAGAGGAGGGCUGGAUCCGGGAGAAGGAGCAGAUCUUGUCCUCGUUGGAGAACGCCAAAGACCUGACGGGUUCUCUAAGACUGCUGAGUCAGCAGCGAGCGCUGGAGCACGAGAUGAGCGGCCGCAACGGACUCCUGAAGAACACCAUCGCCGAGGGCCAGGACAUGGUGCAGGCCGGACACUUUGCCGCCACAAAGAUCCAGGAGCGUGUGUGCGACCUGCAGGACCAGUGGGCGGCUCUGGAGCGCCUGGCAGCGGCGAGGAAGAGGAAGCUGGAGGAGGCUCUGGCGCUUCAUCAGUUCCAGACGGACGCAGACGACGUGGACGCCUGGACGCUGGACGCCCUGCGCAUCGUGUCCAGCGGAGAGACCGGCCACGACGAGUUCUCCACGCAGGCGCUGGUCCGGAAGCACAAGGACGCGGCGGCGGAGGUCUCCAGCUACCGGUCCGUCAUCGACUCGCUGCAGGAGCAGGCCGCCGCGCUGCCGGAGGAGGAGGCGCAGUCUGAGGAGGUCCGCGGGCGCCUGUCCGGCAUCGAGGAGCGAUACAAGGAGGUGUCGGAGCUGACGAAGCUGAGGAAGCAGGCGCUGCAGGACGCGCUGGCGCUCUACAAGAUGUUCAACGAGGCUCACGCCUGCCAGGUCUGGAUCGACGAGAAGGAGCAGUGGCUGAACAGCAUGGAGAUCCCCGAGAAGCUGGAGGACCUGGAGGUGAUCCAGCACCGCUUCGAGAGCCUGGAGCCGGAGAUGAACAACCAAGCGUCCCGGGUCGCCGUGGUGAACCAGAUCGCCCGGCAGCUGAAGCACAACGGACACCCGAGCGAGACGGACAUCAAGAAGCAGCAGGACCAACUCAACAACAGGUAGGAACGAC